UGAGAGCCGUGGGUGCAGCGCUGAGGAAACACAAAGAGAGAAGUUGGUGUAGAGGCGUGUGGGCUGCGGAGGAACUGAAAGCACAUGGGGAUCCUGGGCCCCUCAUCCCGCUGCCCAGACGCCCGCCAGAGACCGGACCCCCUUCCCCUGCCAGGAUGCUGCCCCCUCUGCUGCUCCUCCCCUGGCCAUGGGGGGUCCUGGCUGCCUCUCCUCCUGACCUGCCAGCGUCUGUCACUCUCCGGCUGCUCCAAAUCGACGUCUUCCACAACGCCAGCUCCGCGGACAUGGAGGGGAUGGCCCUGCUGGGCGACCUGGAGACCCACUCCAUGGAUUGCAGCACCUGCGAGAUCCGCUGCCUGCAGCCCUGGGCCCAGCAGGGCCUGACCCCGAAGCAGUGGCAGGACCUGGAGCUGCUGAUCCAUCGCUACCUGUUCAACUUCAACCGUACUGUGAACAGAAUAGCUCAGCAGCAGGGAAUGGGCUACCCCUUCGUUACCCAGGGCUCCCUCGGCUGCGAGCUGCACCCCAACGGCACCUCGAGGGGAUUCGAUGACACCGGAGUGAAUGGCAAGUACUUCAUCAGCUUCGACGUGGACGCUGGCACCUGGCUCGCCCGGUGGGGAAACAACCUGGAGCUCUAUGCCCGGGACCUUCUCAACCGGGAUAAGGGCACAGCCAGCAAGAUUCGGUUUCUCCUGAGAACGUGUGUCAGUGAGCUCAAGAACUUUGUCCAGCAUGGGAAAGAGUCUCUGGAGAGGCAAGAGCGGCCGGUCGCCGUGGUGUUUGCCCAAGAGCCUCCCCCAGCCGGGACCCCCGCGCCGUUACUGCUGGUUUGCCGGGUCACCGGUUUCUACCCCGGCCGCGUGGCCUGGCUGCAGGACGGGGAGGAGGUGGUGCCGGGCGGGCGGCUGAACUCCAGCGGGAUCCUGCCCAACGCGGACCUGACCUACCAGCUGCGCAGCUCCCUGGCCGUGGAGCCGGGCGACGGGCACAGCUACGCCUGCCGGGUGGAGCACAGCAGCCUGGGGGGCCAGAGCCUGCUGAUCCCCUGGGGGCAGAGCAGGCGCUGGGGCCCCGGCCUGUCCGUGGGCAUCACCCUGGGGGUUCUGGCCGUAGCCGCCGUGCCAUGGUGCUUUGGUGGAGCAGACACAGGGGCUACCAGGGCAUUAGACCAAGAGAGUCCAGGGCCUCAGGGGGCGGCACUGGCAGGCUCCGAGCACAAGGGGGUCCUGGGCAUGACAGGCUCCUCAGCCCUGCGGUAA